CGCUGCUCACGGCUGUUCGCAUACUGCUGAGUGCUAUGGCUCGACCGCUGAAAGGACUUCGAUGCCCACCUUCGCCCGCGGUCCUUGCUGACUCUUCAUCUCUUCUCCGUCUCGUUGGCAGCCUUGACCCCUCUGCCCCCGCACAUGCCCCCACCGACCCGCCCCCCAUCCUCAGGCCCCGAUCGUCGAAAAAGAGGCAGCGACCUUGGCAUCGGCUCAGGUCGACGCACGCAACAGGGGUCCUCUCACAUCGACCGCGAGGACCCACGCACGGCCGAGGAAAAGCCUUGCCGCGCCCUGUUCAUCCGCAACAUCGACAACGGUGUUGAUCCCGAGCACAUUCGCGGCACCUUUGCCCAGUACGGCGAGAUCAAGCUCUUCUACGAGCAGGUCAGCAAGCGGGGCAUCUGUUUCGUUACCUACUUUGAUCUGAGGGGCGCGACGCUAGCCAAGGACUCGUGUCAUGCUCUCGAGUUCAAUGGACGCAAGGUCGACGUCCACUAUUCCCUCCCUCGAGACGCGGACACCUCGAAGCGCUGCGAUAGGGAACAAAAUCAAGGUACCCUCUUCCUCUUACUCAAGCGUCAUCCUCGCACUCUUACGGACGAUGACUUCCGCAGUAUUUUCGGCCCCUUUGGCGACAUCAAGUCCAUUCGUCGCUACAAGGACCAGAAGAAUGCCCGCUUCCUCGAAUUCUUCGAUAGCCGUGCCUGCUUGGCAGCAAAUGAUACGCUAGGCGGCAAGGAGUGGACGGAUGGCGUCGAGUGGGGACAGUGGGACGUCAAAUUUGCUUGGGAUGCGGCAAUGGUAGGCAAGAGUGAUAGGGACCAUGCUGGAGGGCCGCCGCCGCCGCCGCCCGGCAUGGGUGCAAUGGGACCGCCAAGACCACCGCCGCCGCCGCCGCAGCAACAGGGUGGCAUGAUGAGACCUCCCCCUCCAAGACCUCCUCCGCCUGCCUCUGCGCCGUAUGGCCCACCUCCGCCUACCCAUGCCUAUGGGGCGCCGCCUCCGCCACAGCAAGCGCCGUCGACUUAUGGGACCAAUCCCUACGCAGCGCCACCGCCAGCAGCGCACCACUCACCACCGCCAGCAGCAAAGGAGGAGUCGCGACUAGAGCAGGCUCAGAAGGUGCAGGCGCUCCUCGCCAGCUUGGGCGGCAGCGGCGGUGGAGGAGCGAAUGGAGGCGCUCCACCUUCUCCAUCCCCAGCGGGACGAGCAGGGUCCUUUGCCACACCCACGCCCACCCCUCCUCCCUCGGCCAGCCUGCCGCCGAAUCUGGCGUCGCUUUUGGCUGGGAUGGGUGCACAGGGCAGCUCACCGCAGCAGCAACAGCAGCAGCAGCAGCAGGGCUCUUCAUCGGCUCACGAAGCGCAGCAGAGCAUCUCGGCGAUGCUGAGCCUGUUGCAGAAGCAGCAGGGCCAAGGGCAGUGACCGUGACCGUGAGAAGCGCUGUUGUGCCUGUCUCGAAGUGGGCCUGCUGAGACAGGGGAGGUGCUUGGUAGAGGCAGAUCGGUCGAGAUGGAGAUAGGGACGAGAACUGGACCAUGGACAGAGCGCAGCACUGUACGCUAAUGAAUGUCACACGCUCUCAAUGCACACGAUGCCCUGCCC